UUUUACCUCGGUGGGAUGGGAAAUGGAAGUAUGUGGUUUUGAUCUCUUGCAUGGCUCUCCCUCCUGAGACUGCUCCUUCAUUUUCUGCUUAAAUUCAGCAGAUUAUCCCAGCCACUCGAACAUCCCUGUUGGAUCAAAGAUGGUGCAAUCGUUUUAUCAUUUUCCAAGGAAAAAGAAUAACAGGGAGAGAGAGAGAGAAGAAGGAAAACGAGGGGGGGAAUUCUGUUUCUUCGUCUUCUCGCAGCAGAAAAGGGAUUUUAUGGUGAUUGGGAAUGCCGCAAGGAAGAAGAAGAAGAAGCGCAAUGGCGGGGAGCAGGGUUCGUGAGCCAUCGCGAUUGUUAGCGGACCAUACGUGCACGAUUCGGCUCUCUGAAAUUUUCGGGAAGGCGGCGAGGUAUAUUUUGGGCUACUUUCUCAUGGCUGGCCUUUGCAAUGGCGUGCAUUUCCUUUUGAGGCCCUUUUCUCAACCUCGCAUAGCCUCCGAUACCAUCGUAGGUUUGGUUGUUGGCAACUUCAUAAGGAAACAACUUGAUAUAUCGACGAUUAAGACGUUGCGUUAUAUAGUUGACUUCGGUAUGACAUGCUACAUGUUUGUGCUGGGACUGGAGAUGGAUCCAUAUGUGCUCUUCAAAGCACCUGCACGCGAUGCUAAAGUAGCUUAUGCUGGAAUGAUUUCGACAUUCAUCUUAGCUGGCUCCAUUACCCCAUUUAUCAGCUUUUCAAAGGACAGAGAGAUCAGUUUCAUCCUCUCCCUCUCAACUGCUCUCUCUAGCACAGCCUCUCCCGUGCUAACUCGUUUGAUCACCAGUCUUAAAAUAGGCAAAUCAGACAUAGGCCGGCUUGUUAUUUCUGCUGGGAUGCAUUCUGAUUUUAUAUCCACUCUUAUGAUCUGUGUCGGUUAUCUCUUUUGUGAUUGCCAAGAGACGCGCAUCUCCUUCAUCAAAGGUUUACGAUUAGCUGUUGUGUUAUUGAUCCAGACAGUACUCACAGCAAAGGUUUCACCGGUAUUCAUGAACUGGGUAAAUAAUGAAAACCCCGAGGGUAAACCGAUGAAAGGUCCUCACCUGGUUCUUGCAAUUGCUUUCAUGGCCUCCAUUUGUUGCUGCCCUACUAUAUUUGGCUACAAUCCAAUUCUCAGUGCAUACUUGGCUGGAAUAUUUUUACCUCGAGAAGGCAGAGUAUCAAGGUGGGCAAUCGGAAAGAUUAACUACCUACUAGUUACCGUUUUCUAUCCCAUAUUCUUCUUUUGGAUGGGAGUUGAGUCCAAGUUAAGUGACUUUGAACCUGGACAAAUAAUGACAUGGGUCAGGUUGAUUGUGCUUUUUGCUAUWGCAACUGUUGGAAAAGUUGUUGGUACCAUCAUUGCUGGGGCAAUUUUGGGGUUUCAUUGGCCUGAAUCAGUUGCACUUGGGCUGCUGUUAACCAUGAAGGGCCAUUUUCAUAUAUACUUUGCCAUUGCUGCGAAAACAGCUGGAAAGACGACUACAUCUACGAGCACUGUGAUGGUAAUCGUGGUCUUCUUCACAGUCGUGCAUGCCCCGCAAGUUGUGGCACAUAUAAUCAAACGGGCAAGGAAACGAACACCUACGCAUCGAAUGGCACUCCAAUUGCUUGAUCCAGCAAGUGAGCUUAAGAUCUUGUUAUGCAUACAUGGACCUCAGAACACAGCCGCAGCCAUUAACAUCAUGGAGAUUUCACGGGGGGCAGCUAACCCUGGAGUUGUUGUUUAUGUCACAGACAUGAUUGAACUUACAGAUGAAAUAGCAGCCACAUUAGUGCAAGGUGAAGGAGUGGACUCCGUGACGGUAACCCACACAGGAGUGACACAAAUGAGAGACCAAGUUACUGCUGCUGUCCAGAGCUAUGUAGACGAAAAUGGAGAAGGAAUUACCUUCAGAAGAAUGUUGGCUCUCUCAACACUCAAUAGUAUGGCUCAGGACAUUUGCAUUUUAGCAGAGGAAUUGAUGGGAGCUCUUAUCAUACUGCCAUUCCACAAGAGCCAGCGUGGAAAUGGGGCGUUGGGUGAGGGCCAUUCCGGUUUCCGUUUUGUAAACCGCAAGGUUCUCAGGAAUGCCCCCUGCUCUGUGGGAAUCCUAGUGGAUCGAGGUCUUGGAACGGUAGAAAAAAUUUCAAGGUCGUAUGUAUCUCAGAAUGUGGCAGUCAUCUUCAUUGGCGGUAAAGACGACAGAGAAGCAUUAUACUAUGCAGGCCGAGUAGCAAAGCAUCCAGGAGUUAAACUCUCAGUGAUUAGAUUCUUGGUAGAUGCUGAUGCGGAAAAUGCUGCAAGAAGAGCUGGGACUUACAGGAUAAGUGAAGCUGAGCAAGAAGAGGAAAUGAGACAAGACGAUGAAUGCUUUGCUUAUUUUUACGAACGGUAUGUGGCCGGUGGGCAUGUUGCUUAUGUAGAAAAACACCUUGCCAGUUCCUCCGAGACGUAUUCUACUUUGAAAUCGCUGGAUGGGCAAUAUGCACUCGUAAUUGUCGGUCGAGGUGGGGGAGUCAACUCGGUGUUAACUUUUGGGAUGAAUGACUGGCAACAAUGUCCGGAAUUGGGUCCUAUAGGGGAUGUUCUUUCUGGAUCUGAAUUCGCUGUUAGGACCUCGGUUUUGAUCAUCCAACAACACAAUCUAAAGGGAGAACUAGAUGGACUUGAUGAUGAUUUUUCAAUUAUGUAGAUGUCAAGAAACCAAUGAGAUUAGUAGUGAUAGACAUUUAGAAGCUAAUUGUAGCCAUGAAUAACAGUGAUUUGUAGAGAAGUUUAGUUGAUGGAAAUGAUAGAAAGUGUGUAGAAAUUGACAGGUAUAUAGACUUCUGACCAUUUGACUUGUUCUGUAAAACAGUGAUUUCUAACCAAUUGAGAAUCGAAUCAAGUUCUCAUUUAUA